GCUUACCUUGCCCCCGAGUACACGCGCAUGCGCACUGCAGUUCCCGCUUUGAGUCCUGUGGCGGGAGUAUUGAGGAGGAGACACUGGUCUGGCGGAUGAGGAAGAGCUGAGUUUACACUGCAUUCAUUACUGAGUUUUAAAGAUGAAGCCAGCGCGAGGGUCUGGAAGGGCCUCCACACGGGGCCCCAGAGGAGCUGCGGAGAGAAAAGCACACAAAACACGCCAAAAGUCCAUCAGCCGUGCUGAAGGCCCACAUCCUCAUCUGUCUCAGAAGAGCAGCGCGAUGGUUGGAAAGAGUAAAAAUCAGAGAAACUGGAAGCCGCUGACCAAGUCCUCCAUACUGGCCCUGAGGAACAUGUUCGAUAUGUCCAUUCUAUCUGUGCUCACACUGAAAACCAAAGAGAAAGAGGAAUCACAGAAACAUCUCAACAUCAUUAAAGACCGGUUUCUGGCGAAGUGUGCGCAGCUUUCUGUUCCUCCGAGGAAACGUGGAGACAUGAUGAGUGCGUCGCGUCAGUUCAGCACAGAGAGUAAGAAGUCUGAACAUGGAAAGAAGACGCUCCAGGCUCUAGAGGAGAACAUGAGCUCGAUUGUCAGCACUCUUGAGGAGAUGGAGGUGAAGAUGGAGAGGCUGCAGGAGAAAUGCAGGAUAAUGAGCAGCAGAAUAGAGGAGGAAGAGGAAAAAGCACAGGAGUUUCUUCAACUGUCAGAAGAAACAGUCCUGCAUCUGCCAGCAUUACAGUCUCGCUCAGCCGAUGAGCCGACGCUACAGGAGCAGCUGAUGCAGACCGUCCCCAAUCCUCCAGCAGUGGUGAAGGCUCUACAUCCGACUCCAGUUCUGGAGGACGUGAGGGUGUUUCUGGAGCUCGCACAUAAACAGGUGGAUCAUGCAGAAAAAGCAGCUCACAAUGACUAAACCCUGGACUGAACAUCACAGACACGGCUGAUG